GUAUAGGCAGUUAGCCUAUCUGUUCUCUGUGUGUAGGAAACAUGAACACCGGAUCGGGUCAGGCCUAGCAUAGUAGUGAAACAGUAAACAUUUUACUUUGAUACAUCGUUUUAUAGUGUUAUUGUCGGAUAAUUGUGUAAUAAAAAUACGAAAUGGGAUCUAAUAAGAGUGAUCCUAAACUACACGAUUACUCCCCAAUUACACAUCAUGUAAUGGUUCCAGAAGAAGAGGAGAGAUAUUCUAAGCUCUUCUCUCAACUGGAUACAGACGGGGAUGGGCGAAUUGAUGUUGACGACUUGACUCGAGGAUUGCGCAGGAUGGGCAUACAUCAAAUGCCUGGUCAUGCUGAGAAAUUUAUGACUAAAAGCGAUGUGAAUCAAGAUGGCGAGUUGGACUUUCCUGAAUUUGUGCAAUAUGUGGCAGAACAUGAGAAAAAUCUAAGGCUAGCAUUCACAAGCCUGGAUCGUAAUCAGGAUGGCCACAUUGACUCGGAGGAGAUCUACACUAGCAUGAGACACUUAGGCGUCAACAUAACAAGGCACGAUGCCGACAGAUUGCUGAAAAGUAUGGAUAAGGAUGGAACAUUGAAAGUGGAUUGGAAUGAAUGGAGGAAUUAUUUGCUGUUUCACCCCAGUGCGGAUCUUCAUGAAAUCAUGCUUUAUUGGAAACAUGCAACGUUUUUGGAUAUUGGUGAAGAUGUAAUGAUUCCAGAUGAAUUCACAGAAGAAGAGAUUAAAACGGGAAUGUGGUGGCGGCAACUUGUCGCAGGGGGCGUCGCAGGCGGUGUGUCAAGAACCUUUACGGCUCCACUCGAUAGGUUAAAGGUUAUACUCCAGGUUAUAGGUUCCAAGAAACAGAACAUAAGUCUUGUAUCAGGGUUUAAACACAUGUACCAAGAGGGUGGAAUGCUGUCCUUUUGGAGAGGAAACGGAAUAAAUGUUCUAAAAAUAGCGCCAGAGACAGCAUUGAAAUUUUAUGCAUAUGAAAGGUAUAAACAUUUGCUUCAUGAAGAAGGCACAGAAAUUCAGAUACAUCAACGGUUCAUCGCAGGGUCGUUAGCUGGUGCUACUGCUCAAACUAUAAUUUACCCAAUGGAGGUAUUGAAAACAAGGUUAGCAAUACGGAAGACAGGGCAAUAUAAUGGUAUCUUAGACUGUGCUCGAAAGGUUUUGCGCAAUGAAGGGUUUCUCAGCUUUUACCGGGGUUAUGUACCAAACAUAUUAGGAAUUAUACCAUAUGCGGGUAUCGAUUUGGCAAUAUAUGAGACAGUGAAGAUGGCAUGGAUUAGUCGACAUGAUCAGCAUGCUGCCCCUAGUGUGUGGGUGCUGCUAGGUUGUGGUACCUUGUCCAGUACUUGCGGUCAGUUGGCCAGUUACCCACUGGCAUUGGUCAGAACAAGGUUACAGGCUCAAGCAACUACUGCCAACACCUCCAUGGUUUCUCUGUUCAAGACCAUCUACACGCAAGAAGGUGUGCGUGGCCUGUACCGAGGACUGACUCCAAACUUCAUGAAAGUAAUACCGGCAGUUAGCAUAGGCUAUGUUGUGUACGAGAAAACAAAGAUCUUGCUUGGUAUGGGACAUACCUAGAUUUUUGAAUUAUUACAGUCCGUCGAAACUAUGGUAAACACCUGCGGGACAGUUAUCUGCUUUUUGAAGAGAAAGAAAACAGCAGCAUAGCAUUUCGGUAGAGUACUGAAUUGAAUCUGUUGUCUGGAAGCUGGAGGCCACAGUCGGGUCUGUUGAAUGUCAAUCUGAGAACAAAAACUAAUCUUUAAUAUAAGAUUAGUUAGUUUCACAACUCCAAUGUGAUCAAGGCACUUGCUCAGGUAUCUAAAUGUUUGCUUAUUUGGUGCACAGUUUGACUAAUUUGCAUACUGUUCCAUUUAAAGUAAUUUUACCCCUCCCCUUUCCAAGUUGUAUGUGGGAGUAAAUCCCAAGUUUAUACUAGAAAGCAACUUCUUGUUGCAAGAAAUUAAUCAUAUUCUAUAAAUUUGUUUUCUUACAAACACCACCCAUACUACAAAAGGCCAAACCUGUCCCCCUCCCCUUUCAAAUAUUUUGCUCGUUCCCCCUUCUCAUCCUAAUUUUUAGACUGCCACAGUCUCUUUAAAUUAUGUUUAUAAGCCAAAAACUCAAAAUUUGGCAGAAUUUGAUUGAAUCUGUGUCAGUAUGCCUGUCCAAGGCCUAGUUAUACCUCUGUGUAUAUGAUGCACAUUUUUGGGAAGAAAGAAUGAAGGAGAAAAAAGGUUCUAUUUCCAAAAAUCCAGGCAAAAAUUCAUUAAAAAAAUGUCCUUAAUCAUCACUGCCUUGGCUUUCAUAUAGAAGAAAGUAGCAGGUAAAGUAGGCUCAAUUUGUGAGUUCUGGUUGGUGUUAGUGCAUCUUCAAAAUACUUUCCAUUCCUUUUACGUGGCUGAAUUGUAAAACAUGUAUAUAUGGUUAAAACAAUACCAGAGAUACUGUUCAUCGGAUACAACAUUCCCUUUAAUAUAUUCUAGUAAAAUUUGAUUACAGGAAACAUGGAAAUUCUCAUGAGUUAUCUGGUAUUUUUAAUGAGAAGAGUAUCUUGAAAUAGUUAAGGAAUGCUUACAUUUUGAAGAUGUUUUGAUAUGGUUAUGGAAAUUUUGAAUUUAUCUGCAUGUCUUUUAAACUGGCCAAUUGCAGUAGAUGGUGAAAUCUUGCACUGGGGAUGCAUUGGUGUGUUUUAUUGGAAAUAUGUACCAAGUACUAGGGCACUAUCAAUUAAAAAUCAUAAUUUUUAAGCAAUCACUUUGGGAGCUUUGCACCGCUAUAUGUAUGCAGUAGUAUCUAGGUGUUUUCUAAACAUUAAGAAUAUUGAUAUUUUUUUUUUUACUGUUUCCUACCUUAUGAGAGAGGAAAGAAUUGAAAGUUAUUGUAUAUGGCCAAUAGUUACAAAGAAGAGAUUUAAAUAAUAGUUGAUUUAAUGCAAAGUACUGUAUUGCUAUGCACACUUCAAGUUGUGUUGAGUUGUUUUAAAGCGUUACUUGAUUUGCAAUUAGUGAAAUUUAUACAAAAUGAAAUAGUUAAAAAAUACAAAUGCUCUGUGUAUUAUACAUAGUGUAAAUUUUCCAUGAUGGCUUACCUUAAUGGAUUCUAAUUGUUGGUUUUGGAAGUAUUUUUUUUAAGUAAGUUAAAUUUUGUUUUUAUUGUCAACAAAACUUUACGAAUUCCAGUUUGUGUCUUUCCAUCUUUCUUUUUUAACCUUUCCACAUUCCAAAUCAUUACAAUUGUGAAUUGCAAAUCUUUUGACAAUUGACGUGUCUGUAAGACUUAGUCAAAUGGUUAAAUGAGGUUUUGAUGUUCUUUAAAGGAGGUUCCGAUUUGUGAAGACAAUGACCUCGGACAUAAUGGCGGAACACGGACGUUUUCGACUGCAAACAAUUCUGUUCUUGUCUUCUCUUUUUUUUUUCAAAGCUUAAUUUAAACCCAUGUUGUCUUGAGAAAGCAAGACAGUAAAUGCAUCCUAGAAUCACAUAAAAUUGAAUGCUCAUUACUGUCUAAAGCAUUUUGUAGAAUACUUAUAACCAUUAAGAAUCUCUGAUAGAAAUAGCAGCUGAUGGAAUGUGUAUAAAAAGUAUAAAAAAAUAUUCAAAUAUAUUUUAUCUUUAGUUGAAUGCUCAAAGUAAUAACUAAUAUUUAUUUAUUAUGUUUAUUACUAGCAAAUUAAUUAAUGCUCCAAUUUUGUUUAUGGACAGGAAUCUUAUGCUGUGCCAGGUGCAUAUGGUGAUCACACCAUGACCAUAUAUAGGCACAUCAUGACUAUAUGAAUACAACAUUUUUUGUCAAAGAAAAUUUGAUUAUCUAGACAGAGCUUUUGAUCCAGCAUUUAUGCAGUAACAUUAGUUGUUUUACAAAAAGGAGGGAAGGGGUAUCUGGUGGUAUUAUUAUAUGUUGCAUACCUCAAACAAGUUUCUCAUAUAUUAUUUAAAUGCUGUUUUCUUUCUUUGGAAACAUUAUACAGUAAUGUUGUUAUAUGACAAUUUAAUCUUGUAAGCUUAAGCAAUAUUGGAAAAAGGAGAGGAAAGUAUAACAGUUAUUAAUGUUGAUAAAUUAUUAUGUUUUUUAGUUUGGAUAACUACUUUAUUUUUCUAAUCAGUACAUUUGUAAAGUUGAUAAUUUCUUUAUUGUGUAUUUAUAUUGCUUAGAUGGUAGUGCCUGAUAUCAGGCAAUAUUAUAUUUGAUGUAUUGUAUCAAGUUUAUACUAUUGAAUAUUGACACGAGAAAUGGAAAAAAAAACAUGUCAUAUACUGUUGCCAACUAAGACUCACUAGCUACAGUAUUGCCAGCUAUAGAAUGGGUAAAUACUGCCCUCUAUCAUAUAUAUUAUGAUGAAAUGCUUGAUAGGGGGCGGUGUUUUCCUUUUCUAAUGUACAGAUAAUGUUAAUACUGUGUUACUGCUAUUUAAAGUAAAUUAUAAAGCAAGUGCCUUGUGAAGACCGAGUAUAAUUUAUUUAGGUAGAGUAUGAAAUAACAGAGAAUAAUUUAUGUUCAUUUCAAUGCUUUAUUUAUUUAUGGUUGCCAUAAUAAUAUCCAAUUCACUUUUGUAAAUCAAUGCAUAUUGUAAUAGUAUUGCACCAUAUGAUGUACAUGCCAUAUGGUCAACUAUAAUUUAUAUAAUGGAGUAGAAAAUGUUGUAUAAUGCUCAGAACACAUGUCAGUAAUUGUUUUCAAUUAUAAGCAUGGUCACAAACUUUUACAAUGAACACUAAUUAAGCUAACAGUUAUAAAUUACAAAGAAAUAUUGAUAUUAAUAUUAUUUGGAAUUAGGUCUAGGUGUUACAUAUUUAAUAAACAAAUGGGACAAUAGUUAUUCUGUUAUUUGCUAGUGGCUAAAGUACACAGCUGUACGUGAUGGGCCUGUUUUAUUCAGUGAAAUAAAUCACUGUAAAUCCAGAAGAACGACUCCCCUGCACUAACAGAUAUAGUCCAUACUGGUAGUACUAUAUUCCAUAUAUACAUGUGUGUUAUAAUUACAAUAAACGAAAACUAAUCACAAAUUCAUUAAAAAGAUACAUGAUGUAA